AUGAUAUUCGAACAGUUAGACGCUUAUCACAUUUACACAGUCUUUCAUGGUUUAAAUAAACGAAUUAAUCAGAUAAUUAAAGAUUUACGAUUGCCUAUGUCUACCGAUGCAACUUGUGUCCCUCUACAUCGGACGAACAUCUAUUAUAAUUACAUACUACCUAAUGUGUGUCAACAACUGGUUAGUUUGGUCUUAUCUGAAGAUCUUCUCAAAGAUUUUAAACUAAAUUGGAACCAAUAUGCUCUAUCUCAAUUGCCUCAAUUUCGUUAUUUGUAUAUCAAACAUCUACAGGAUAAUUCUCAAAUAUUUACUGAUAUAAUACCCAAGGCCGAACUCAGAUAUCUCACUAGUUUAAAAUUAGAUAGUUUAUACAUAUCAUUCGAAUUUUUAUCAGAAUUGUUAACAUUUACUAUCAAUUUACGUCGACUGACGAUCAUUGGAGCUAUUAAUCUUCAUAUUUGGCCCUAUUUAAAUAAUGAGAAAUGGAAACAUUUGAUGGCCGUUUCGUUACAGAAAUUAAAACAUUUUUAUUUGAAAUUGUACACGUGGGAAGUAGAUGCAGUACUCCAAUCGAGUAUAGCAGACAAAGCUGUAUUGAAAGAGCUCUGGACCAAGACUGAAGUUCAAAAAUGUCGUUAG